UUUUACGCAUGCGCACUUGCCUUAACGACGGGAUAAAAACAACUUCAGUGGCCAGGUGACAGCUAUGAAAAGACUGUAAAAUAUCUAUAUUGGACACAGUUUACAUAUAAAAGAUUAAAAAACAUGCCUGGCAGUGCAAUCUCUGCUGUGGGGAGUUCCUCCUCUGCCUCCUCACGGCGAGGUAAAACAAAGAGCUACAGAGUUGUCAGCAACCACUCACAGAUAGAUGAGUCUUUAUUCGGACAGCCAAAUCAUGUGGCAAAGAGACAAGAACUUUUGGAAAACAAAUGGUCUGGUGGUGACAACAGAAUUGAAGAUUUAGCUAGAGAAAGAAGUGCAAGAAGAAAUAAGAAAAACAAAAAGAACAACAAAGAAACAGUUCAAGUUAUCACAAAAGACCUUAUCAGAAAUCUUAUUGUACCAACAGAAGACCCUAGUGGCCAGUCAGUUAUCCUGCCGCGACAUGAAUACUACAGAAUAAUUCAGAACUCUAGAGUAAUAACAAAAUCAGAAAGAGAGCAAAUGGACAACAGAAUAAAAGAAGGGAAAGAAAGGGCAAUGGAGGAAAGUGCUGCAAGAAAGAAUCAGAUGAAGGCCUUGGACCUUGACAGGCGUAAUAAUGAGAAACUCAAUGAUCUUGAGGAGGAGGCCAAGGAGAUGGCAGAGCACCUGCUCUCCAAGGCAACGGAGAUGAGGCAGGAACAGGAGGAUGAGAUCAAACAUCUUAAUGAGCUGAUUCUGAAUGCCAAGUGCCACGCAAUCCGUGACGCCCAGAUCCUCGAGAAGGGACAAGUACGAGGUGAGAUGGAUGAGGAGGAGAAGCGGCUGGACGUGAUGAUGGAGGUAGACAGACAGAACGCCAUCCGUGUACAGGAGGAGAUCGAGAAGAAGAGGAAGGAAGAGAGGCUCAUAGGUGCGGCUAAACUGUUGGAGCAGAUAACAGAGAAUGAGCAGGACCGUCUUCUUGAGCUGGAACGCAAGGACCAAGAGAAUGUGCAUAUGCAGCGCCAGGUUGAGAAGAUGAUGGAUGAGGAUCGUGUCAUGCUGGACAAGAGGAAGCGUGAGCAGGAGGCUCUCAGGACUGACCUAAACCUUGCUAACGAAGAGAUCCUUGCCCGCCGAGAAAUCAAGAAGCAGCAGGAGAAGGCUGAGGAACACAAGGUCAUCGAGUACAUGAAACAGAAAGCUGAGCGUGAGGCAGCGUUUGAAGAGGAGCAGCAAAGAAUCCGAAUUCAGAAGGAGAAAGAAACUGCUAGGCUCCGAGCCCUUCAAGAGCGUGCCCGUGACGAACAAGCGGACAGGGACGCCCUCCGCGCCAAGCGAGCCCAAGAGCAGGCGGAGCGUGAGUGGCGCAAAAAGGAGGCAGAGGAAGGAAGGAAGAAGGCAGAGACGGAAGCAAUGUUAAUUGAUGCACGUAAAAACCAGAUGAACCAGAAGGAGCACUACCUCGCCGUCCAGGCACAGAGGGAAAGGAACGAGUUCGAACGUGUGCUCAGGGCCCAGAAAGAGCUGGUUGAGAAGGAGCGUCGCGAGGAGCAGGAGGCCAAGAAGAAACGCCACGGCCAUGCUGAUGAUGUGCGCGCUCAGAUACGUGAGAAGGAGCAGGUGCGAAUCUCUGAGAGGAACGCAUUCUUCGAGGAGGGUGUAAAACUGGAUGAGGAGGCCCGGGCCCGGCGCGCAAAGUUGGAGGAUGUGAAGAAGAAGAAGUUGGAGCAUCUUAGAGCUGCAGGCAUACCUGAUCGCUAUGUUACACAUGUGGCCCACAAGGUCAAUGUGAACAUAAAGGCGUAAAAACAGGAGUGCGGGAAUCCCAGAGAAAUACUUGAGCCAAGUGGAGAGGAAGAUAGCUGCCCCUCAACACAUCUCAGCAUGAAACUCAUCCUCUACAUCGUCAACAUGACAUGCACAACAUGUUCUGUACAUUGUGUCUGUGAUAUCUUUACAUUGAAAUAAGUUUAAUUAUCUAUAUAUGUGCAUUAUUUCUCGAGAAAAACUUGGAACAAAAGAUUUAUUUUUUUCAUUUGUUUUUCUUCAAAAAAUAUAUCUGUAAAUUUGUAAACUUACCUUAUGUUUUUAUCAAUCUAUAUUAAAAUUGGUAGAGAAAUAACAAAAUAAUAUUGUUUCUUUUAACGAAGUUUGAGAAUUUUUCAAUAAUGUAUACACAAAAGUAAAUCUAGAAUGCCUUCAUUUCGACCAAAUAUUUGAACAUGUUUUUUAUAAGAUUGAGUAUUAAUCCUUAUCUAAAAGCCUUUAAACUCAAAUUUACCACUUCUCUUUUUCCAUCUUUAGUUUUUUUGCACUCAUGAAAGCAGAGAAAGUACAUUACUUUCUGUAACAUUGUUGUUUUUAUUUAUUUUAAUAUUUUGAUUGUGUGUUCAAAAAGAACAUGUAAACACCAUUUCAAAAUAACGUUGUUGAUGGCUUGUUAUAUUGUCUAUUGCAUUUUAUUGCUCAUUUGCAAUCCACAUGUACAUUAUUUUUUGUGCACAGUAUUUCACAUACAUGUAAUAUCAAAGCAUUAUGUGGCACCGACGUUUUGCAAAAAGAUAAACUGCUGUUUUAACGUUUACUUGUAUUAAUUUUUAAUCAUUGUAUUUUUAUGAGAAGAAAUUAUUUUUCCUUUGAAAAUAUUGUUAUAGUUUUAGACUUGGCCCAUAUUGUAUAAAAUAACAAAAUGCUUUAUUAGAUGUGGUUUUUAUUCCAUUUUUAUUUAAAAUAAGUAUUAAAUUAUUGGUUGUUGAUUUUUAAACAUUCUGAGGUUAAAUAACUCCUGCCUCUUAUUGUAUUGUAUUGAUUCAAGGGUUAAAGUCUGUGGUUAUAGCAAAUUGAUUGUCUUCAGGAUGGAUAUAAUUUCCUGUUUAUUAACAUACCGUAUAUGGUAUUGUUGACUUUCAACAUUAAACUUAUUGUAUGAAAACACCAGCCUAAAAUCCAGAAAAGCAGUAUUAACAACGAUAAAACAUGUCCAAUUGGUUUUAUUUACAUGUAUAAUCCACACUUUGUGUGCUGUAAAGCAUCUUUUGAUGCUCUUAUGAGAUGGAUUUGGCAUAUUUUUCCAUCUCAGCCAUUGUCCACAUUUUAAUAAUUGUAUGAUAUAACCAUGGCCUGCAGAAUAAUUAGUCGCUAAGAGAUUUAAAGCAGUAUUAACAACAAUGCUAAAAUAAUCGUUCAGUUUGUUUGUAUUCAUUAUGUAGCCAUCUUAUCAAGAACUGUACGACCAGGGGAUCAAGAUUUUUAAUUCCAGAUUGCCUGAAGGUCACUUAUUAAAUUGAGCGUGUUAUGUGCAAAUUCUAACAAACUGAGUCUUGCAUGCUUGUUCAGUUAACAUUUGUUCCAAAAUAAAUGAGUUUGCCAGUUCAAAGAAGAGUAAGGUGAUACUAUCGUUGUCGUCCCAUUGUGUGUACUGUCAUGAAUAAUGAAAAAUGUAGAUUUAUUUGCAUUACAUAUUCAGGGUUAAAUUUGCCCUAAGCUCUGUAUCUUACCAUAUGCACACUUCUGGAAGUUGUUGUGUAACAUGCAUAUGAAUUAUGAUCAGAGAACGAACGUUUAUGGUAGGAUUAAAUUAUGUUCUAUUACUUAUUUAGAUAUAUACAUAUAUAAUAUUGAACGACUGAAUGUUGAUAUAAUGACUUCCUCUUUUUGUGAAAGAAAAUGUUAUGUAAAGACAAUAAAUAUGUGAUUUAUA